GUGAUAAUCAUGUAGGUGGCAACAGCAAAGAAGGCACUUUUAAAGAAACUGUAACAUUAAAGUGGUGUACUCCUCGAACAAAUAGUGUGGAAUUGCACUAUUGCACUGGAGCAUACAGAAUUUCACCAGUAGAUGUAAAUAGCAGACCUUCUUCAUGCCUUACUAACUUUCUCCUUAACGGUCGCUCGGUUUUGUUGGAACAGCCGCGCAAGUCCGGCUCUAAAGUAAUUAGUCACAUGCUCAGCAGCCAUGGAGGAGAAAUUUUUCUGCACGUGUUAAGCAGCUCACGGUCCAUUCUAGAAGAUCCUCCAUCCAUUAGUGAGGGGUGUGGUGGAAGGGUCACUGACUACCGGAUUACAGAUUUUGGUGAAUUUAUGAGGGAAAACAGAUUAACUCCUUUUCUAGAACCCAGAUAUAAGAUGGAUGGAAGUCUUGAAAUUCCACUGGAACGUGCAAAAGAUCAGUUAGAGAAACAUACUCGUUACUGGCCUAUGAUUAUUUCUCAGACUACUAUAUUCAACAUGCAAGCUGUAGUGCCAUUAGCCAGUGUGAUUGUAAAAGAAGCAAUGACUGAUGAGGAUGUUCUGAAUUGUCAAAAAACGAUAUACAAUUUGGUAGACAUGGAGAGGAAAAAUGAUCCACUGCCAAUUUCAACAGUUGGUACAAGAGGAAAGGGUCCAAAAAGGGAUGAACAGUACCGGAUUAUGUGGAAUGAAUUGGAGACCCUUGUACGAGCACACAUAAACAACUCUGAUAAACACCAGCGAGUCUUGGAAUGUUUGAUGGCUUGCAGAAGCAAACCCCCAGAAGAAGAGGAGCGCAAGAAACGAGGCAGAAAGAGAGAAGACAAAGAAGACAAGUCAGAGAAACUGGGCAAAGACUAUGAAUCAGAUAAGCCAUGGCAAGAAUCAGAAAGGUUAAAAGGUCUUUUGGAUCGUGAAAAAGAAGAACUAGCAGAAGCUGAAGUUAUCAAAGAUUCUCCUGAUUCUCCUGAGCCACCCAACAAAAAGCCUCUUAUUACAAUGGAUGAAAUACCCACAGUUGAAAAGGCAAAAGGGCCAAUGUCUUUGCUAUCUUUAUGGAGCAACAGGAUUAAUACUGCCAACUCCAGGAAACACCAGGAAUUUAUUGGUCGUUUGAACUCAGUCAACAAUAAAGCUGAGCUGUAUCAACAUCUGAAAGAAGAAAAUGGAAUGGAAACGACGGAAAAUGGAAAAGCAGGCCGGCAGUGAUGAUUGAUUUUGUUUCUUUGGACAGAACUUGGCCACAUUGCAAAAAUAGAUAAUGCUGGAAUUGAUAUUGGUACCAUUUCAGUACAGUUGUAUAGAUCUGUUUUGAUUGGUUUUUACAUUUUUCUAUUAUUUUUGCUACGAAAUAUGAAAUCUGCAUAUUGCAUU